GCGAAUUUUCAAACUGCAGUUUCGUACCCCCAUACAUUUUUUCUAUUAAUUUUGAGUAACUGGUAACGAAUCUACAUUUUUAUCGGAUCUAAAGCUUGAGUUUUAUUAUUACUUGUCUACCAAGCGAGCAAUUGUUACAUAAAAUUUAGUAUAUUACAAAUACUGAGAAAUGUAGAAUGCGCAUUAUCUUUGAUAAGUGCUGUUGACUCCAAGUGAGGUUAGCUUGAUGAUUUUAGUAAUUAUAAACGCUUUUGUACUGACUGUGAUAAAUAUUGAAAUAAAACGUAACUUGAUAAGUUAGUUUACUCUUGACUUUCGGCUGUACACAAAGCAAUAUAUAAAGCAGAGUGUAAGUAUGAAAAUGUUUAAUCAGGAAUAUUGCAUUAUCACCAUGGUAGAAAGUGCUGGAUGUGGCGAACUGCAGCAACUGGUUCAAGAAGAGGAGUGUGAGGAGCAGCUCAGCCAUGGUGGAGAAGCCACACCUCCGUCGACGCCAGCGAGAUCUCAACGGCCUAGUAAAACUGAGCCACAUAAUUCCAAUGUAUCGCAACAGGUAUUGUGGGAAAGUAAUACACAAGUGUCGCCGAUUGUCAGUAAAGGCAGUUCUGGUCAAGGAACGAGUCAAGGCUCAAUGGCCUCUGGUCGAAUCGCCAAUACUUCAAGUUACACUGGUAAUCCAUCCCGAUUGACUUACCUCAACGAAAAGGAUAAGCAGAGACCUACUCGACCAGAUCCACCAAGAAUAACGAGACAGCACAAGGCCAUGGUGCCAUGCAAACACCAUUGCUUUUUGUCAGAGGUACCUGAUGUCCGUCAUAUGGAGCAAGCCUUACUACAACUAUUGGAGGACUUUCACAGCGGCAAUUUACGAGCGUUUGGAAAGGACUGCAGCAUGGAGCAAAUGACGGAAAUAAGGGAACAGCAAGAACGUUUAGCCAGACUGCACUUCGAGCUGGGUCAACGACAAGAAGUGGGUGGAGAACAGUCAGGCCUUCGACAAUCGAGCGCAAAUAUGCGACAUUUGCUCCAUCGUCUCCAACAACUGAGCGUUUGUAUAGAAAAACUACAUAGUAAAUAAUUAUUGUCUGGCUGGUUUAUAUGUUAUAAUAUUCGAAAUUCUUGUAAUAUAUGAUAUUCGAAAUCUAUAAGUGUAUACACUGCUAGAUAUAAUUUUUAUAAAGAAUACAUUGCUAAAUACAUAUAUGUGUACAUGUAUAAGGUUUUACACUGAUUAUUAAAAUUAAAAAUUGUAAUCAUAUAGAUAUUUACAGAUGUAUCAUAAUGUAAAUUAGUAAUUGUAAAUGGUUAGAUAUUUUAACGAUAAAAUAUAUUAUAAAUACAUUUAAAUAUAGGUGUUCCGGUUAAUUUUGAGGGAUUUUGUGCAAAAAAAACAUUGUAGAGAGACGUUAAAUUAUAUUUUACUCAAAAUA